AUGGAUCAAUUGCGUUUCGACGGACGUGUAGCAGUAGUAACUGGUGCUGGAGGAGGUUUAGGGAAAGCCUACGCUCUGCUCUUAGCAUCCCGUGGUGCUAAAGUUGUCGUCAAUGACCUAGGCAGUGCCAGAGACGGUGCCGGAAAGUCCAAUGCAGCGGAUGCUGUUGUUAAAGAAAUCAAAGAUAAAGGUGGAGUAGCUGUAGCUGAUUACAACUCUGUCGUCGAGGGGGAGAAGCUAAUAAAAACGGCAAUUGAUAAUUUUGGGAGGAUUGAUAUUCUUAUCAACAAUGCUGGCAUUCUCCGUGAUAAGAGCUUCACUAAAAUGACUGAGCAGGACUGGGACUUAAUCCAAGCUGUCCAUUUAAAAGGUGCUUUUAAGACAACUCAUGCAGCAUGGGAAACAUUCAGAAAGCAAAAAUAUGGUCGCAUUGUAAUGACCUCAAGCAAUGCGGGCUUGUUUGGGAACUUUGGUCAGGCUAAUUACAGUGCUGCUAAACUUGGUUUAGUUGGCUUAGCCAACACAUUGGCCAUUGAAGGCGCAAAAUACAAUAUCAAGGUGAACACAAUUGUUCCCACGGCGGCGUCUCGUCUCACUGAAGAUAUCCUCCCGCCAGAGAUGUAUGAGGCCAUGAAGCCGGAAUUAAUUGCUCCAGUUGUUGCGUACAUGGUACACGAGUCCUUCAACGAUACCGGUGCUAUCAUCGAUUCCACAUUGGGUUUCGCAACCAAAGCACAAUUAUUUAGGAGCAAUGGAGCCCCACUCAAGAAGAGACCUUCAGACCCGGUCACGAUCGAAUCGGUCAAAGAGAAUUGGUCCAAAGUCGUGGACAUGAGAGGCGCCAAACAUUUGGAGAAGAUCGCAGAUGUCACGCUAGAACUUGUCGACAAACUUCAGGAAUUUGAAGAACGUUCCAAACUGGACGGCGACAAGGACUCUUACUGGACAACGUACGACUACAACGCAAAGGAUUUAGUCAUCUACGCCCUGGGAGUGGGAGCUUCGGUCGAGAACCCGACAGAUUUGAAGUUCCUUUACGAGAGCCACGAGAAUUUCUCUCCUUUACCCUCGUUCUUCAUACUGGCUGGAAUGUGCAUGGAGGCCCCGAUCGUUGCUAACGCCAUGCCGCCGGGCAAAUUCGCUGAUUUCACUAAUGUGCUUCACGGAGAGCAAUACAUUGAAUUCGUCGGUGACUUCCCUGGAACCGAAGGAGUGUUCACAACCCGUUGCUAUGUCGUCGAUGUCCUGGACAAGGGCUCCAGCGCCGUGGCCAUUGUGAACAGUGAAAUAUUCCAAAAUAAGCAAUUGGUAUGCCGAACCCAGCAGCACAUUUUCGUGCUAGGCCAAGGAGGUUUCGGUGGACCCCGCAAUAGCAAGAACGCUAUCGGCGUCGCAAACGCACCAAAGAGAAAUCCUGAUGCCGUCGUGGAACAACGCACCGCCGAAGACCAGGCCGCUCUCUACAGAAUGUCUGGUGACCUCAAUCCUCUGCAUAUUGAUCCCAACGUUGCGACCGCAAGUGGACACAAGAAGCCGAUUCUCCAUGGACUCGCAUCCCUUGGUUUUUCAGCUAGACAUGUUCUAGCUAGAUUUGGUGGAAACGACUCCAGCAAUGUGAAAGCCUUAAAGGCCCGUUUUGUGAAACCAGUAAUGCCUGGUGAAACUCUUGUUACCGAGAUGUGGGUAGAAGGCAAGAGAGUUCAUUUCCAGACCAAAACUAAAGAAACUGGCAACACAGUAAUUGCUGGUGCAUACAUUGAUUUCAAGAAUGUGGUAUCAGCUGGUGGGUCCCCAUCUGCAGCAGCACCAUCCACUGCGUCUGGCACUUUAAAGAGUGAUGCACUCUUUGCAAAAAUCCAAGACGAAGUAAAAAAGAAUCCUGACAAAGCUAAGACAGUUGGUGGUGUUUUCUUAUACAACAUCACUGAUAACGGAAAAACAGUGAAACAAUGGACACUAGACCUCAAGUCCCCAGUUGUUCACGACGGAGCACCGAAGAGUGGAAAGGCAGAUACGACUAUGACAAUUGCAGAUGCUGAUUUAGUGCAAAUUGCAUCUGGAGCUCUCAAUCCUCAAGUAGCAUACAUGAAAGGAAAACUUAAAAUCGCAGGCAACAUCAUGCUCGCCCAAAAACUUGGACCUUUGCUCAAAUCAGAUGCUAAAUUGUGAAACUAUCAAUUUAACUAUAAAGAACAAUUUGGGUGUCAGGGUUUUUGCAAUGGUUCAUUUAUUAAUUUUGUUAUAAGAUAAAGUGGAAACUCCUAUUUUGUUAUCAGAAUGUUGUUAAAUAAAACAGAUAUGAAAAGAUAUGUAAACUGUGAUAAAUGUUAUUUUUUUUAUUGUACUGGCAAAUUUCUAUUUAUAUUCCAUUAACUACUUAUAAAUGUAAACUGAUUACUUGUGGUGAAGGAGUAAUACACCAGUUUUCUAUCA